GGAAGUGGAGGAUUAGUAUACACUCGGGAAUCUUCAUCGAAUUGAAACGAGAGAAGUUAAAGGAGUUGGAGAACGAGGUGGGAAAAUUAUAAUGAAGAAAUCGGUGCAGCGAGAUUUGCGAGUCCGGUAUAACGAACAUAUUACUUCCCCUAUAUUACUUAUUUUAUCUUUAUUGAUGAUAUUUCUCGUUCGUGAUUUACUCUUUACUACUGUUUCUUCUCCCGCACUUGGCUGUUUUCACUCUGCGGGCCCUUGGCCUAAGUGGUAAUAACAUAAUGGUACUAAUAAUGCUGAGUAUUUAGAUUUAAUAUGAAAUUUAUUGACGAUGCAUCAUAUCAGUGCUCCAUUUUAAGCAUGAAUGACAAGUAAUUGAGCUUCACGACUGGAUUAGGCCUUCUACGUCUUCGAAUGCUGUGGAUGAUUUUCUGUCGAAUAAGAUUUUGCCAUCGAAAAUUAAUCGAAUCAAAAGGAUUUACCCAAACAAAGAUGUCACAAGGACAACUUGCAAUGGAGGAAGGAUAUGCUGAUAGUGCUGUUGACAUCCCUGACAAUCCCCUGCCAGUGCAUAUGACUUCCCUCCCCUCCUCCACCUCUCCACCUCCUUAUCCAACAUUGUCACGGGCUGACAGUCUUACUCCUGCAGGAGUCUCCGUAGUUCCAUCCCUAGAGAGACCCUCGACAACCGUGGAGGUCUCUGUCGAUCAAGACAUCCCUGAUAUGGCUACAGAAACAACACUGACUCCUUCUUAUGGAGUUUGUGCCGCCUGUCAGUGCCAGUCUUCCAGCCACCGCUACAUUAAUGUUCAUCUUGUACACAAAGCUAAAUCCAGCUGUGUUGAUGGCGAUGAAAAUGAAGAGGACAGAAAGGGACACGUUCAGGUGAUAUAAGAAAAACAGACGAUAUAUGCAAAAGGAGAAUGAUCAUACGAACAGGAGCUUUUGUUUAAAAAUUGGAUAAAAACUACCUCAAAAGAGGAUGAUGCACUGCUUAUUGUGUUGUAUCUAGUCUCUACUAGAGUUAACUCCAUGAAAAACUGCCUUUAAAGUAAACACACUGUACAGAAAAUGCACACUGACAAUGCUAGAGUAUGGUUAGCUAUACAAAGUCAGAUGAAUUUGACAAACGACUGACAAUUCACAAACGAUCCCUGAUCCCCUUUGCCUACCGAGGACAACCAGAUAUGCUGAACAGCAGCAUCAAUAAUAUGCAGUCUAAAUGUACGACCUCGCUGUCGAACUCCUCAGUUCCAGGGGUCCUUUAUUCCUCAGAGGAUGCCGUGCAACUGGAACCAAAGAAGUUCAGGCAAAGAUUCAAGGCAUUACCCUAAUACUCUUCUUGCAUUCUAAUACAUUUUUAUCAUAUUAAUUUAUCUUUUUUAAUGAGCGGGAUCUCUUCUUUCUGCAUUUCCCUUAACUUCCUCUUAAUUGUACCUAAUGAACAUAAUAUUCUUUGAAAGCUUGAACGUUAGGUCAAUGGCCCCUGUUCCAUGUGAAUAGGUUUCAUCUGCAUAAAGAAAUUAUAUUUUUAGUUUUGUGAUAUAUGUAAAUGUACGGUGAUUUUUAAGAGUAUGGUGGACAUGAAAUGCAGAUUUUUUUAUUUUGUUGUCUUGUGGAAAACAUUUAAGCCGGACAUGUUUAAGCGAGCAGAGAAACAUUUAUUUUCCUAAUUCCUAGUCCACAGGAAUUACCAUUAAUCUGCUUUAUAUGUGUGUAUUGACUAAGCUCUUCAGUUCGUUCAAAUUUCUUUCUUAUGCGAAUAUACACGAAACACAAUGUCAAUAAAUAUAGUUAAGAUCCUGAAGUUUCUUGUAAAUAUUUUAUUUUAUCUCAAUAUAAUGUUAUCUAUACUCUGUUUUUUCCUUGUGUCCAUCCGCCUGUGGUGUUUGCGCAUGGUAACAGCGUCCCGGGCUUCAAAUAGUUACGCUACGUAUAAGUUUUAGGUAAAUAAAAAGAUAUCUGGGAGUACAUUUGCAACUGAAAAGUGUUUUACAGUAUGCGAAUUACACCGUUAAUAUUCGAAAUAGAAUAUUAUUAUUGUUGAAUGUAAGCAAUGUAACUAUUUAAAGCCCAGGACGCAGUGUUACCAUACGCAAACACCACAGGCGGAUGGACAGAUAAAAAAAAAAAAAGUAUAGAAAAUCUUCGCACGGUUUUAGGAAAAUGAUCUGGCAACACUGUUAAUACAGCGAGCGAACAUUGCAACCUCGGUGUCAUCUGUCAUCGGGCUCACUCCACAUUGAAUUCAGUCAUCGCUUUCAUACAGUGGGGAAAUAAACAAACUUUAAAUUAAU